AGGACAGUGAGCAGAGGCGGGAAAUGGCGCCUGGCAACACGGUGUGUCAUUUCGGAGACAACCCGUGAGCGAACCCGCACACGUUUGGUCUGAUCGCGUCAAUAAUCUUGCGCUCGUGCUGUGAUGGUCGGUCGAUCUUCAGCCGUCUCCAGAUACUGCGGAUCGCUGUAAAAUAGCCUUACAUGCGACUGCUAAAACAAUGAGGCUGAGAAUGCGUAAAGCGUCUCAGCAGCCAAACCCCAGUCUGGCAGUCCGCCCAUCCCGAACCAAGAGGAGGCAUUCAGAAAUAGAAGAGGACACGCCCACUAGUGGUGGGAGGGGAUUGUUUUCCACAAUCAAGAACUUUAUCAGCGGAAAUACCGUCAAGGUACAGCAGGAGAGCCCAGCUAAGAAGACACGCCUCCACUGUGACGUGGACAACAGCCUCAUCACCUCUACACCCUCAAAUACCAAUAAAUCCUGCAGGACUAUCACUAGGGUCAGCAGAAGAGGCUCCAUCAAUGGACAAACGACCAAUCAUGACAGGAGUAAAGAGAAGCCUAAUGGCAGCCUGGAGGAGACGACAGCUGUUGAGGUGACCACCAGCCCUCCUCGAACUACUCUUCUUGGGACCAUUUUCUCCCCUGUUUUUAAUUUCUUCUCACCAGCUAAAAAUGCCUCUUGUGGCUCAGAUUCUCCAGACCAGGCAGUGGAGGUUAAGGAGAUCGUCAAGCAGCUGGACAUGGAGCAAGCUGUGGAGACUGAAACACCCACACAGGAGCUCUGCACCACCGCUAAUCUCUACUCCAGUGUGUCCCAGCUCCCACUGUUGCGGCCUCCUCUCAUCUCUGAGGCAUCUCCCACAGCAGAGGAAGAAGAGCUCGAUGCUGAUGCUGAUCUCCCACCUCUCACAGCUCCGGGCUCCAGUCCAGAUAUGACGUAUGUGGACUCUCCUCCCACCUCGGUGCCACCAGAAGCAUCCUAUGAUGAAGACUGGGAGGUCUUUGACCCGUAUUUUUUCAUCAAGCAUGUGCCUCCACUGACUGAAGAGCAACUCACGCGUAAGCCAGCGUUGCCCCUAAAGACGCGCAGUACACCAGAAUUCUCUCUUGUACUUGACCUGGAUGAGACCCUCGUGCACUGCAGUUUAAAUGAGCUGGAGGACGCAGCACUUACCUUCCCUGUCCUUUUCCAAGAUGUCAUUUACCAGGUGUAUGUGCGACUAAGGCCGUUCUUUAGAGAAUUCUUAGAACGCAUGUCACAAAUCUAUGAGAUUAUUCUUUUUACAGCCUCUAAAAAGGUGUAUGCAGACAAGUUGCUCAACAUCUUGGAUCCCAAGAAGCAGCUAGUUAGGCACAGGUUGUUUCGGGAGCAUUGUGUCUGUGUCCAAGGAAAUUACAUCAAGGACCUCAAUAUCUUAGGAAGAGAUCUGUCAAAAACCAUCAUCAUCGACAAUUCACCACAAGCCUUUGCAUAUCAGUUGUCCAAUGGAAUUCCUAUAGAGAGCUGGUUCAUGGACAAGAAUGAUAAUGAGCUGUUGAAGCUGGUGCCCUUUCUGGAGAAGCUGGUCGAGAUGAAUGAGGAUGUGCGGCCGCACGUUCGAGAGAGAUUUCGGCUGCAUGACAUGUUGCCCCCUGACUGAGCGUGGCUUUUGUUAUUCAGACUGGGACAACAUGAAGACUGAUGUUUAAAAAGAGGGGGGGGGGGAGGAAAACACCUCUUUGGAUGACAAAUGACAACAUUGCCAUUACUGUUAAAAUUUUAGCCUUUUUUAAUUUUGCUUUUAGUCCCACUUUUUAAAAAAAAAA